CCAAAUCAACCCAAACCAAAACACUACAGCAUUCUCUCUCUCACACACUCCACAAAUAAAAUGGUGGCGUCAUCGUCAAGCAACUCACGGACCCUCUCCCUGAAAGUUCUGUUAAUCUCCGCCGGAGUCGCAUCAAUAGCCUUAACAGCGGUCCCAUUAAUAUUCAACUUCGCCGUGAAUGAUCUCCCCUCGAUUUGGUCCGUCAUCGACUCCUGGAUGAAGCCUCCAUAUCUAUACGCAAUCGUCAACGGAAUCAUAAUAACUAUAAUCGCCUCCACUCACUUCCAACCUAAUCACCGGCACGAGCAUGACGACUAUAAUCAGUCUAAUUACGCUCCUCCACCGUCAGAAUUAACUAAGGCUGCAACUAAUUUGAGUUUUGGUGUAAUGGAGCCUCCACCUGUUGGUUAUGAUGAUAUUAUUAAGCCGCGUGUGACGGUGGCGUAUGAGAGUAAAUGCACCGAUUUGGAGGUUGAGACGGUGGCGGUUGAAAUUGAAGAUGAGUUUAUUACAACGAAAUCCGUCUGGCAACCUUCGGUUCAAGUUCCACCGGAGGUUAAUCUUCCGGUGGAACAGAAACGGCUUGUUACGUCUAGAUUUGCUCAUAAUCGGAAACCGGCGAAAAAUGUUCCGGAAGGUGCGAGAGCACUAAGAGUGCUAAAAGCGAAGAAGCACGAGACGCUGGAUAGCACAUGGAAGAUGAUAACUGACGGUCGUCGCAUUCCGACGACGACGACAAAGCAAUUCAGGAAGUCGGACACCUUCGUGAAGCUACACCACAACCAUCCAUCUGACGAGUCAAAGACAAACACAAAGAUGGUGAGGAAAUCAGAGACAUUCAAGGACCAGAAUCACCAUCAGCAAUCCGGAGAGAAGUUGAAGAAAUACUUGUCACCAAGUCAUGAAGAGUUGAACCGGCGAAUUGAAGCGUUCAUAAAGAAAUUUAAUGAAGAUAUGAGGUUGCAGAGACAAGAGUCUCUUAAGCACUAUAUGGAGAUGAUUAACGGUGGGGGCGCUAAUAAAACAUGAUUUUUCAUGUUUAAGAAAAAGGUUUAGAUAUUUAUUAAAUAGUUGUUUUUUGCCCCAUAAAUAUCAUGGGUUUUUAAGUGAUAGGGCAUACUUUUAAAAAUAAUUAUAUAUAGGAUGAAAUGUUUUAUAUUUUUUAAUAUAAUUUUACUUUUCUGUUU